AUGUGUUGUAACUACUAUGGCAGCUCCUGUGGCUACGGCUCAGGCUAUGGCUGUGGCUACGGCUCUGGCUGUGGCUGUGGCUAUGGCUCAGGCUAUGGCUCUGGCUAUGGCUGUGGCUACGGAUCUGGCUAUGGCUGUGGCUAUGGAUCUGGCUAUGGCUGUGGCUACGGAUCUGGCUAUGGCUGUGGCUAUGGAUCUGGCUAUGGCUGUGGCUAUGGUUCAUGCUAUGGCUGUGGCUACGGAUCUGGCUAUGGCUGUGGCUACGGAUCUGGCUAUGGCUGUGGCUAUGGCUGUGGCUAUGGAUCUGGCUAUGGCUGUGGCUCCUAUUACAGGUCUAGCUGCUGUGGCUACCGACCAUCUUGCUACAGAAGAUGCUAUUCUUGCUGUUAG